AUGGCACCGAAAAAUGCAGUGGACAUCCCAUCCUUCUGUACGACUCAGCUUGCCCUCCUAGACGCUGAGCUCCAAUCUGAGCUCUCAGAAACCUCAUCUCUCAUCUGCAAUACCUCGCCUACCAGUCUCCAACGGGCAGGCAUAGCAAUCACCAACCUAGUCCUCUCAUCCCAGCGGACCGGCCUCGGCGGCAAAACGGUUGUCGAACUCACGCCCGAUUCUGCAACAUCCAGCAAGAAAGGCAAGGAUGAUGAUGGCGAGCUACCAGAACAUGGGAUCCGAACGGGUGACAUCAUCGUCGUGAGCGAGCAGCCAGCGGGCAGUGCGAAGAAGAAGGAGGUUAGGGAGUUGGAGGAGAAGGGGUCGAGAGGUGUGGUUACGAAGGUUCAGAGGACGGCGGUUUGGGUUGCGUUGGACGGAGAGGAGGAUGACAUCCCGGCUGCGAAGAGAAUGUGGAUUGUGAAGCUGGCUAACGAUGUCACGUACAAACGCAUGAAUCAGACAAUGAACAGGCUCCUAAAGAUGAACCCGGAUGAGUACUCGAGUUUUGUACGGGUUCUGUUUGGGUUAACUACUCCAUCACCUGUGUCCGGAGAUCUGAGUGAGGGCGAGGGCGGGAAGCUUGAGUGGGUUGAUCCAAGUUUGAAUGAUUCUCAGAAAGAUGCUAUUCGAUUUGCGUUGGCUUCGAAGGAAGUGGCCUUGAUACAUGGUCCUCCUGGGACGGGCAAAACGCACACACUAAUCGAACUCAUUCUACAGAUGCUCAAGCAAAACUUGCGAGUUCUAGUCUGCGGGCCAUCCAAUAUCUCAGUUGACAAUAUAGUAGAGCGUCUGGCUCCCCACAAGAUUCCAAUCGUUCGACUCGGCCAUCCGGCUCGACUUCUACCUUCUGUGCUAAACCACUCAUUGGAUGUUCUCACCCAAACUUCGGAUGCUGCUGCGAUUGUUAAGGAUGUGAGAAAAGAGAUGGAUAGUAAGCAGGCAUCGAUCAAGAAGACGAAGAGUGGUAGAGAACGAAAGGCAAUCUACGGAGAUCUCAAGGAGCUCCGGAAGGAAUUCAGGGAGAGAGAGAAAAAGUGUAUCAAUACUUUGAUCGGGGGCAGUAAGGUCGUCCUGGCCACUCUUCAUGGAGCCGGAGGUUUCCAAACUAAAGACGAAAUCUUUGAUGUCGUCAUCGUUGACGAAGCAAGUCAGGCGUUGGAGGCACAAUGUUGGGUACCUCUUCUCAGAGCAAGCAAAGUCGUCCUUGCAGGUGAUCAUCUUCAACUCCCACCUACGAUUAAGACAUUGAAUUCGAAGACGAAGAAUUCCAAAACGAGCGAAACCGAGGGAAUCAUCAGAGGAAUGACACUGGAAACAACGCUGUUCGAUCGACUCCUCAAGCUCCAUGGGCCCGGAAUUAAGAGGAUGCUAACAACCCAAUACCGCAUGCAUGAAAAAAUAAUGAGAUUUCCAUCUGAUGAAAUGUACGAGUCGAAACUCGUAGCAGCAGACGGAGUAAAGGAUCGACUUUUGGAGGACCUACCCGAGGUAUUACCGACUGAGGAUACAAUCGAGCCUUUAAUAUUCUUUGAUACUCAGGGAGGCGACUUCCCUGAGAAGAAUGAAGAUGAUGUCGACAAGAAGGCUGGAAAGGGAAUGAUGGCCGAGAGCAAGAGCAACGAAAAUGAGGCGGCUCUGGUCAAAAGCCAUGUCCAGAACCUGGUAAAUGCAGGUGUCAAAGCUGAGGAUAUUGCUGUUAUCACACCAUAUAACGCUCAGCUAGCAUUAAUGUCUCGUUCAAUGAAGGAGGCAUUUCCAGGCAUCGAAUUGGGUAGUGUAGACGGAUUUCAAGGACGAGAGAAAGAGGCCAUUGUCCUGAGCCUCGUCAGAAGUAAUUCUGACCGCGAGGUAGGGUUUCUCAAUGACCGUCGAAGACUCAAUGUCGCUAUGACACGGCCUCGUCGGUCUCUAGCAAUAGUCGCAGAUUCGGAAACGUUACAAAGCAACAAAUUUCUGAAAUCUUGGAUGGGCUUUCUCGAGGAGAAUUCAGACUUGCGAUAUCCAAAUGUAGCUGAUCUGAAUACGCAAUAG